UCAUGCUGCUGCCAGGUCCAGAGUGUCUCAUGGGUCCCUGUACGGCCUCCCAUUGCUGCUGUCUCCAUCGCCACACUCUGCCAUGUGCCACUUUCAGGUCUCCUCACACUGCUGGUGGGUUCCAUUUUGUCAUAGGGUGCUGGCAGAUUACGGGCCUCCCAUUGCUGCUGCCAGGCCCGUAAUCUGCCAUGGGCCCCCGUACCGACUCCUCAUGCUGCUGCCAGGUCCAGAGUGUCUCAUGGGUCCCUGUACGGCCUCCCAUUGCUGCUGUCUCCAUCGCCACACUCUGCCAUGUGCCACUUUCAGGUCUCCUCACACUGCUGGUGGGUUCCAUUUUGUC